CGUGGGCUUAAGGGGACAUAGAAAUCAGAGAUUAUAACGCAGAGAGAGCGCAGGGUUACGUUGAUGUAUGGCUGGGGGAUGAGAGAGAGGAGAUAGGCGACUGCGUGGGAACCCCUCCACUGAAUGAUCUUUGGUAUCCUGUUUCUUAUUAUUUGACUGCUGACUUCCCUGUUUUACAUCAUGGACUGACAGAUAUUGCUCUGAAUAAGUAGUGAAUCCAGCACAAUGAACACUGAGGAAGGCUCACUGGAGGAUCACCUGCAGACCCAUGCAGAGGAAAACCUUAUGGUUCAGGAUGAAGUCUGUUACCCUGAUGAGAAUGAGAACAAAGUAGAUCGUGGAAAGGAUGAAACUUUUACCAGAAAAGAAGAAAUAACGCCUCAAAGGAGAGACACUCAGGAUAGUCUCAAUAAUAACGAAAAUUGCAAUCCAAUGUGUGGGCAACUGAGCUGCAAAAAAGGCUGUGAUGAUGGCAUUCAUACAACUGGGGAAAGUCUAUCCACAGCUGCUCUUACAAGCAUAGAGGCCAGCGGCACAAGAGGGAAACGAAUUAAUAAUAGGCGCAUUAACAGAGCUAAAAAGAAUUGCAACAGCAAAUCAACAGGAUUUUCAUCAGCUGAUGCAGAGAUUUCACAAGAAAGCAAAUCCGCAGAACCUUCUUAUGAGCUAGACACACCUAACCCUAUUCCUGAAGAAAGCAGGGACACUUAUCUUAGAAAUGAAAUGUUUUCCAUUAUCCGAGAAAAAUUUGAGUGGACAGAGGAUGUCAAUAUGUUGCCAAUGUGCAUUCAUCAGAUUGCGGAGACCUACUUUCAGGAGGAAGACUAUGAGAAGGCAAUGCAAUUCAUUCAGCUGGAAAGGAUCUAUCAUCAGCAGUUACUUGCAAAUUUAUCUGCUAUUCAGGAGCAAUGGGAAGCAAAAUGGAAAAAGACUGAAUGUGCUGCUUUGCCGUCAUCUGAAAACUCGGAAAAAGGUCUUAACAGCACAGAACUGGAAAAGCUUUCCAAACUGUGCAAAUCUCAUGAAGAGCCUAAAGUUUCAAAAAACAAGCUAUCGCCCAGUGAAAAGUCUUCAAGGAUCCAAAGUCUCAUUCAGUUAAUGGAUUUGAAAGAGACUCGUGACAUAGAAGAACCCAUUUUCCAUUCAGACAGAGAAAGUCGACCUGGCAAUACACCAAGCAAAGGCAGGGCACCUGCAGUGACAACAAUGACAGAGAACUCACCUUCCAGUGUCAGAGCAGCGGACGAUAUUUCCAUAGAAGCGAGCCGUGAAGCUUUGCCCAGCCAGGGCCACAUGGAGGAGCAGCAGCUUUGCAGCAGGAGAGUAACAACAGAGGCUCACACCCAGUCCACAGGGACAGUAGGCAGGGCUAAUCCUAGCAUAUUUUCUGUUGGGGAUGCUGGUAAGAACAACAAUCUCUUGCAACCAGAAGCAAUACCUCUUUGCAAGGAUGUGUUAGGAUUAGAAACAGUCUCCGGGGAACCAGAGGAAGAGCACCUAGGGAAGCAUGAAUUAAUUUCAACCAGCGCAGCUCCUGCAGAUUGUAUUUCAGUAACCCACGAUGAUCUUUCUGGUAUGAGAAGUCCUUUGGAGUGCAACAAAACUGUUCAGCCUGAACAAGUUACAAACCAUACAGAAGAAUUUUGUACAGCUAAAGAUGAUGAGGAUUUAUCUGUUAAAAAAAACAACCCUGUAGAUUCAGACAGCACAAAAGAGGCACUGGAGUCCCCCGAAUAUAUUGUAUAUCAGGAAUGCUCACCAGAGUCAGAGAGGGAGGCUCAAAGGCGGGCAACUGUUGAGUUCAUAGCAAGUUUCUUGAAUGGAGACCUAAGAGACAGCGAAAGUUUUUUGGCUCAGCUUGAUUUCCAGGAGGAAGCCCUUUCUGAGGAAGAAAUGUCGCCAAGUCCAGGCGAGUCAAUCUUGGGGGAAAAUUUCAUUUCACUGGAUGAACUUGCAAAGCGGAUAGAAGUGGAGGAGGUCAACCCUGCUGCUGGUUUGAUAUCGAUAUUAAAGAAACGCAGCGAAACUGAGGGAAAAAAUUCAGCUCAAUUACCCCAGAAACAGACAAAAAGAAAAGUACGUUUCCAAGAAACAGAAGAUGCCCUUGACCAAGAAGAAAUUGGUGGAGGAUCCUGCAUUUUGCUGGUACUACUCUGCAUCGCAACUGUUUUCCUUAGCAUUGGAGGGACUGCAUUAUACUGCACUUUUGGGGAUAUGGAGUCCUCUGUCUGUAAGGAUUUUACUGCCAACAUGGACUCAUACUACACACAGUUGCUGCAAGGAAUAGAAGAGCUAAAACACUGGCUGUAUGUCACAUAGAUGACAGACUAACACUUGGCUGGUAUUUUGGCAGCCUCUUGUUUUGUUAAUUUUCACUUGUAGGUUAACCUAAAACUGAACAUUUCUGUCCUGUUACAAGACUUGCAAAGAAAAAAAUAAUCUAACUUAGGUGGUUUUUAAAUUUAAUAGACUUAAGGGGUUUCAGUGGGAAAAUAAUGAAAAAGCCUUGGAGUGGCACUGAAUCAUGGCACAGCCUUGCAAAUAACCACUGUUCCUCUACAAGCAGCCACGACUGCAGAUGAAGAGGCAUUCAGCUUAUAUGCAAUAUGUCUGUGUAUUCACCAUAUUUACUUUUCUUCUGCGCCCUGAUUCCUUUAUGAGAAUUUGCGUGUUGUGUAACCUAAUUGUCGGCUGCCCAUUUGGGCUACUGUACGGUAUGCUGGUUUUACAUUUUAUGUUCUUGUCUUUUUUAUUUCUUUUAAUCACAGAUUUACAUAGUGUUUUAAUGCUUUUAAUUUGCAUGAUUGAAAUGACAAGAGCUUCCUCUGUAUAUAUUAUUUUGCAAGAAUGAAAAAAAAAUGUGUGCUGAAAUUCAAAAUCACGAUUAUUUAAAAGAUUCUGCUAUAGUAAUAUUACUAAGAGCAAGGAAGGGAAAAUUUCACAAAGAGUUAAAAUCCCAUGCUUGCUGGAAGAUGCUAAUAUUUAAUAUAUAUUUUGUCUUUGAUUUAAUUUUGCUUUUUCAUUUAUAUUUUAAAAUAAUCUGAUUUUUGCAGCUGAAUUUGACCAGAUAUUUGAUAAAUCUAAGGGUGAAGACACACAGAGCUACUAGUAGCAGCUACUUGUUGUGGCUACUAAAA